UUAGAAAAUGGCUGCUAGACCUGUUCUGCCCAGAUUGCGAAAACGGCCUGUUUACAACCGGGACAGCCGGAUUAUGUACACAUGAUCCGAUUAUGUUUUUUUUGCACUGGUUAUGUAGUGGUGACCGGAUUAUGAACGCUGAUAUAAUGGCUGGCCAGGCAGGCUGUGAUUGGCAUUUUCUUCGAACUUUUGUGAAUUAAACAUUCUCUGAAAGAUAGAACACCCCUAAAAACUAGAGAUGGCGGAAGAAAAAAGUCUCGACGUAGUGAUUUGGAAAUCAAACAUGUUACAAGUUGAAUAUUACACAUACCAAUCUUUGUGGGUAUUUAUUUUCAAAAAAAUUUCCAUAGAAUUUUACGCAUUAAUAUGAAAUUGUUACUUAUCAAAUAUUUUUGAAGGAAUAUCAAGUCCUCUUUUAUUAAUUAUUCUUUGUGGAUUUGUGGAUAAAAUAAAAUAUUUCCCUUUGUCAUUAGCUAGCUAGCUAGUAAAAAUUUCAUGAAUUGCUGACAGGAAAUAAUUUUAAUAAUGGGGUUUUAAAGAUUAUAUUGCAGGUAUAUACUUAAUUUUACGAAUUUUACAAUCUGCCAUAAUUUGCAAAAAACCUUGAAAAUUAGUACCCAUAAAAAAGUUAUUGUUAAGAAUGAAGAGACAAUACAUCUGCAGCUGUUUUUUUACAAACAACAUAUUUUUAAAACGAUAUGGUCUGCAUGUUACUUACAAGAAUGAGCAGCAGUUCCUCUCUGACUAUAAACAGAUUCUCGAGGAGAGAGGUUGCAACACAAAAGAGAAAAUACAAAAUGUCAAGGAAUUGAUCCAUGAAGAAAUAAAUAAAAGAAGAUCAAAUGGUAGAGAAUCUAGACGGAGGAAAGAAGUGAUUGCUCGCAAUUACAAACCACUUCAUUCACAGCUUUACACAUUGCAGGAAUCUUUUUUUGAUGCUCGAUUGUGCGACAUUGUCAACUAUGCGAAAGAAACAACAGCUGAUCGUCAACAGUUUGUCAAUAUGUUGAAAAGUUGGAAAGCUCCUGGCACAUUCACGCUUCCAGUUUUUACACGUUUCUUUUGUGAGAAGCUUGUGGAGGAGCUGAAACAUUUCGAACGAAGUGAUGCUCCGAAAAGCAGACCGAACUCUAUGAACAGUUAUGGCGUGUUAUUGGACGAACUUGGUUUUUAUCCUAAUUUUAUAAACCAACUAUGCAAAGAGUAUAUCUCGCCGAUUGCUUGCAUCCUCUACCCUGAGUGGUGCGGUGAAAAUGGUCUCGACUCGCACCGUGCAUUCGUAGUGUCAUAUGACUACAAUGAAAGUAAAGAUGACAGUGGUUUGGACUUGCAUUACGACAAUGCUGAAGUGACUUUAAACGUGUCUUUAACGGAGAGUUUUGAUGAAGGAGAUUUGUACUUUUCUUGCAUGCGUCAGGAACAACACAUGGAAUAUUUUCAAGUGUUGCACUAUCUUGGUCAUGGCGUGCUGCAUCGUGGCCAACACAUGCAUGGUGCCAUGCCUCUCGAAUCUGGUGAACGUUUUAAUCUUAUCAUCUGGAUGCGUUCCUCCUGUGUGCGGAAUCAGCUUUGUCCUAUGUGCGACGAAGUCCCUUCACUAGUUGAAACAGAAGGAGACGGAGAUGGAUUCACUGUAAAUGAUGUGGUGAACGUGUGUUCUUUAACGUGACGUUUUAAACCGUCAAUAUUAAGGAAAUGAUUUGAGUUUCUCACAUGACGGAAGUUACAGUGGAGAUGGUUUUGAAUGGAUCCCAUGAAAGAUAUCUUGGACAUAAACCGCUUCGUCUUUCUUGAAAUUGUUUUUCCAGUAGGCACGACAUAACGAUACUUCCCUACUCAGGAAUGUUCUGUAUGGGUUUACGUACUUAAUGAAACUAUAAAAAAUCUUAUAUUUUAUAGCGAAAAUUAUUUUUAAUUUAUUUUAUUAUAAUAAAUAUUGCAUUUUGCAGAAAUGAA